UCUUUACUGCCGAAGUUUAGAUAUUUGGCUCUCAACAACGGCUGUUCGACUCUUGUAGGAGAUCGUGAAGUUACUGCAUGCUGCUGCGACUACGCCAAUGCUUGCAAUGUUGCCAACAGAACCGAUAUCACCAUCCCAACAGUUUCGCCAAUUCCUGAGUUCCCCAUCUCGUGCUGGUCUGGAGUUUACGUGAACGGCAACGCCAUUAGCAAUGUUGGAUAUCAAUCUUGCAAUGGAGAAUGCGCAUCGAUUUCGCUCACAACAACUAUCGCCAAUGUCACCCACAAAGCUGAAAUCUACACCUGUGACCCUACCUCUGUUUGCAGCUCAAUGGGAAUGAUCAACAAGUGUUUGAAUAUAGAGGCUGGAGUAGAUGGAUGCUGCUGUAACACCGAUGCAUGUCUCACUCCGCAGAAGGUGUGGUUGGAAUAA